UCCUGCCAUAUUUGUCGUGUUGCCAGAGGGGGCGUAUGGUACCCGCGUGUAGCACAGCCUACAAACUGUAUGCUUUUUGUCAACGACGCGUUCGUUGUUUACAUAAAUCACAGGGAAGGCAAAAUGUUGCCACACCGCUGACCUCAGGGACGCCGGAGGAUUUUCCAGUUCUAUUAUUGUUUUUCCGCCAUCUCUAACCCCAGCAGUGGCCAUGGUGUCCAGAAAAAUGCAGCUGCAGGCUACAAUAUUUCACUCUGAAAAUGUAGCCUUCUGGAGUAGAAGUAUAAAGUAACGUUACCUCAAAAUUGUACUCAAGUGUAGCACUUAAGUAAACAUUACUUUCCACCAGUGACAGCAGCACAUAGCCUGUCAUACGCGCACGGCGCGCAUUCUUUUCAAAAACAGUUUUACUUGAAAUCUUCUAAUCUGGCAACACAGGGCUCGGGUUCCCUGCUACUGCCACAUAUAGCAGGGCGAUAGCUAUCAUACAUGCUGAGUGAGUCUAAAUUUGGUUUGCAACCCAUACGCACGUCUUUGGAAGCUGAGGUUGUUCCCAAAUGUCUGCACGGGUGUUGCUACAUAACGUAUUUCAGAUUGUCUGAAGCGUGACUACUCUAGUCCCUGCGUGGCCCCGACCAGCAGAUGGCAGCGCAGACCGGCUUUCUGUCCAAUGUGACCCUGCUCUGCAGCUCCACGGUCAAGUGACCAGCCACUUCCCACUGAACAAAAACACGCAGACGCAUGCACGCAGAGGUGCAUUCCCACUGUCUGUGUCUCACACACUACAGGGCCACAUAAAGACCGAGAAAGAUAUCGGAAAAACAAGGCAGCAGCUGCACAGGCGGAGCUCAAGGGAAAUCAGCGGUUCAUUCUAGUAAAGAAGUGUGUCGGAUGGGUGGAGGCGCCACCCGGCUGUACAGCGCCCUGACUCAGACCCGCGGCAGCUCUCCUCUCCCCCUCCCCCUCCCCCAGCAGCCUGACAACACAAACCUGGAUCCAGCUUUCUGCCAGGAGCAGAAGGGGUCCCCUGCAUGUCCCCCCGAUCCAGCGGAGCUGCUUCGACAGUGUGAAGAGGCCCUCGGGGACCGACCUCCCCGCCUCCACAGGAAGUUCACUCACCUCGACGAUGGAGACAGCGCCCCCAGCAGCCCCAUCAGGGUGAUGCAGUGGAACAUACUGGCCCAAGCCCUGGGCGAGGGACUUGACAGUUUUGUCCAGUGUCCUCCGGAGGCCCUCCGCUGGUCCCGUAGGAAGUACCUCAUCCUAGAGGAGAUCCUCACCUACCGACCUCAUAUCCUGUGUCUGCAGGAAGUCGACCACUACUACGACACCCUCCAGCCGGUUCUGGCAGGCCUGGGUUACAGCAGCAACUUUUGCCCUAAACCCUGGUCGCCGUGCCUGGACGUGGAGGGCAACAACGGCCCCGACGGCUGCGCGCUGUUCUUCGAUCAGUCGCGGUACGAGCUCGUGGACAGCGCCAGCGUACGCCUUUCUGCCAUAAGGAUUCCAACCAAUCAGGUCGCCGUGGUGACGAUGCUGCGUUGCCGGAGCACGGGGAGAUGCGUGUGCGUGGCCGUGACCCAUCUGAAGGCUCGUUCUGGCUGGGAGUGGCUCCGCAGCGCCCAGGGCUCCGACCUCCUGCGCCACCUCCAGACUCUGGUCCAGAAACCCGGCGGCGACCCCGGGGGCGCCGUCAGCUCUGACAUUCCUCUGCUCAUAUGUGGAGAUUUCAACGCAGUCCCGACUGAGGAGGUGUACCGACGCUUCGCCGCGUCGCCCCUCGGCUUGGACUCGGCCUAUAAGAAACUCAGUCAGGACGGUUUGACUGAGCCCGAGUACACCACGUGGAAGAUCCGGCCUACAGGGGAAUGCUGCUCCACUCUGGACUACAUCUGGUACAGUCGGCACACGCUGAGAGUGGACGCCGUUUUGGACAUGCCCACCGAGGAGCAGAUUGGGCCAAACAGGCUUCCGUCCUUCACUUAUCCGUCUGACCACCUCUCUCUGGUUUGCGACUUUAGCUUUAAGGAGGAGGAGUGAGAAGGAAACGAUGAGCAAACGCACAGGAAGGGACACAAGGGACACAGGAAGGGACACAGGAAGGGACACAGGAAGGGACACAGUCGCGUUGGCUUCACCCAACGAUAAGGUGCGCUGAUGAGACGCCACGCGGGAGCGAAGACAGGACAGAAAACCGGAGCAGGACGUUAGUUACUGUGCGUGGAUUGAAAAGUCAGAUAACUUAACAAACAAAUAGGGCUGGGCGAUAGGGAGAAAAUCAAAUAUUGGUAAGAUAUUUUUGACCAAAUAUCUCCAUAUCGAUACAGAGACGAUAUUGUUGUGUUGAGUAUUGGUGCUUUCACAAAAUAUUUACACAAUGAGAUUUUUGAUAAAUAAUCAUCAGUAAUGUGGAUAUAAUGACUA